AUGGAGGAAAUGAGACGCUCGAUGGCCGAACACUUUGGUCUUGUGCCAGUUGAUGAGGUCAAGUUUCAAACGCGUCAAGCUCGGCUGCACCGCGAACUUUCAGCAACAUCGAGACUCGGCAAGAGUUCUCGACUGGACCCAUCGUUGACAUGUAAACUGCCCACCAAAACUGCUGACAGACACAACCCUCCCUCAGGUCAUCUAACUGACUCUGUUGGCACACAAGUACCCACCUAUCCAUUUGACCGACUCUCCUUUCGAAAAAGAAUUGGGCGAAUACCAGAAAGCGGAAAAAGACGAAACACCUUUAGUAGAGCUGAGGAUGCUGCUGGAGUGGUUGGCCAGGCACAUUCUCUGCCAAUGCAGUUAUCACAAGGACCACUGUCUUUCUCUAUAGCUGUUAAUGGUGGCACGAAGCACAAAGUCACAGAACAGCAGAUCUGGCCUAAAGCGCAGUUGAUCUCUGAACUUCUGCUCGAUCGUUUAACCUCGCCGGUAGCUCGGCUGCACAGGCACGACGACAAUAGGGCAUUGGAAGAGGCCACAAGAAUCAAGCCGACAGAGCUAAGAUUGCUUAGAGGAGCACAUGGGAAGGAACAAUCAGCCAGACGCCUGCUGGGCCAUAUCACGCCGCCCCCGAUACCCAACGUCCUGUUGCCUAUGCGACUGGAUGGGAAAAACAAUUGUACACGGGGAAAGCUGGCUACUGGAAAAAUUUAG